AUGUCCGUCGACAAGCCUUUCAAAAGUCCGAAGGAGUCCAUCGAGGCCGCCAACAUUGAAGAUGUUUCCUUGGAGCAGGAACAAGCCCAAGAAGACAAGCCUCACAUGUUACGCGAGGUCAAGAAGAACAAACGUGUGUUAAUGUGGUCUUUCCAGCGCCAGUUCGGCGUCGAGUACCACGGUGUCUGGACCAUCCGCGUCCCCGACCAGCAAUUGCUCAACGGAGCCAACACGAUCGGCAUUCUCUUCUCUUCGGGUCUCAACGGCAUCAUCUCUGACCGUUUCGGACGCAGAUACAUCUUCUCCUUCACGGUUAUAUCCCUCUUCGGUGGCAAACUGCUUGCCAACGUCGGUAUCGGUCUGGGCUGGUCUCUGGCCCCUGUAUUCGUUGCAGAGCUGGCCCCGGAGAGUCUCCGUGGUUUCUGCUUGGCCAUUUUGGUUAUCCCGCCCGGUCUCUUACUCCUUAUCUCUGUGGUUUUCCUCCCCGAGUCUCCAUCCUGGCUCCUGAUGCGCGGACAGGAAGAGAAGGCCAUGGCAGCACUUCGUAUCUUCAAGGGAGACAGACCCGGGAUCGAGGAACACCUCAAAGCUAUGAAGAGGGCUGUUGACAUGGAGCAGGCCGCGCGGGUGGACCAAGAGUCAUCAGGAUGGGCGGAUGUCUUCCGCCAGCCCAACCUUCGGAGAACCAUGAUCGCCACCGUCGCAUUCUGCGGACAGCAAUGGGCCGGCGUGACCUUUGUCUCUGGAUACUUGCCUUAUUACUUUUCGCUCGCCGGCGUCAAUAAUGCUCUCGCCACUGCCCAGGGCGCUUACGCUUUGCAGCUGAUCGGCAACAUCUGCUCUCUGUUUCUGGUUGAGCGCACUGGCCGGCGUCCGCUGAUGAUUGGCGGCUCUGCUACUAUCAGUGCCGGUCUGCUCCUCAUCGGGCUGAUCAACAUCACGCCCAACCCCGCCAGUCUCAAGGCCACCGUCGCCUUCAUGACUAUUUGGGGAAUCGUAUAUCAAGCCACGCUUGGAGCCGUCGCCUACGCAGUUGCUGGCGAGACUCCAACGCCACGACUCCGGCAGAAGACAUUGUCUUUCACGAUGGCUUGGGGAAUCGCCUUCGCUGGUCUGUUUUUACAAAUCGUGCCUUACCUGGUGAAUCCCGACAAGGCCAGCCUGGGAGGGAAGGUCUGCUUCGUCUUUUUCAGUACCUCUCUGCCCCUCUGUUUCUUCUUGUUCUUCUAUCUACCUGAGAUGAAGGGGCAUUCAGUUGAGAAGCUGGUGGAGAUGUUCCAAGAUAGAAUCCCUGCACGUCACUUUUCUAAAUGUUAG